AGUAAGGUAUUAAAUUGUAUUAACCGCAAUCAUUUGCAAAGUAUGUGUUUAUCCGAAGAAACUGGGUUACAUCGCUGAAGAUUGUUCAAAGGAGAUAAAUCGUCAAACACCGAUGUUUCAGAUACACAGUACUUGUCAAGCUAAAGAAUGAAGCCAGUCAACAAGGUGAAAGUGUCCAAUGAUAGGUGAUAUAUUCUACCAUGUACCUCGGACUAUGGGAGAUCCAGACAGAACUCGCAUGUUUGUCAUCAGCUCUUGAUCUUAAUACCAACAUGGAGUGUAUGAAGUUGACAUUAUUCUGAAUGCUUGUCAUGUCAUAACUGGUGUGAAUACACCAGCUAUCUGAGUCAAUGUGAUGGAUCACAGUACACAAGAUGCUGAUGCGUCAAACAAUGACCUCUGUGUUAAACAAGAGUCAGUAUCAACUGAAGAUGAACACACAGAUAUUACUGAGAAUCCGAAAGAAAACUCAGAUUUGAGUGAAGAACAGGUUACUGAUUGCAAAGGAAGUAAGGGAGUCAAAGACGUAAUGGAAGGUGGUUCUGACAAUGUGACUUCAGCAUGUUCUGAUGGGGUCGGAAGCCCUGAUGCUGACACUGAUGACAGCCAGUGGACCGAUAUAUCGGAGGAAGUAACAGAAGACGAGGACGAAUCUGCAGUUCAGAUUGUUUGCGGUCAGAGUUUUGCAAGCACACCUGUCAAGGACAAGGCAGCUCAGAACUCCAGCACCUUGAGUGAAGAGGAGAAGCAGAACUAUGCUUUUAUAAGCGAACAGUUGUCAAUCUUGAAUCAGGAGAGCAGUGAAGUGAAUACAGCCAUGCAUUGCUCACAGAAGAAACUGCACAAGAAAGACACACCAUCUAAGCACAAGGGAGACCAGAAGAAGACACCUCGGAAACAGUUAAUCAUGGCCAGCUUAGAACUAGAGAACAGAAAAUCAAUCAAGAAGAGACUUGAAACCACACCUCCAUCAACACCAAGAAAGUGUGCUGCUGCUGCUUCCAGGGUUGCUGGCGGUACUGGGGUUGCUGGUGUUGACUACCUGAGUGCUGAUGAUGCUGACACCUCCCAGGAUAGAUUGCACAUAGCUGAUACCGAAAUGGAUGACAAGUUGGAAAAGAGUGCGAUUAGCAAAGGCCUGACUGCAAUCAAUGUGAAGAAUAUCAUUCAUGAGCUAGUGAAGAACGAGGAUGUCCAGCAGAUGAUUCGCAACAGUCUGAAUGAACAGCUGACCAGCAUCGGCCGUCUCGCCUUCGAGCCCAAGAUGACCCGCGCUAAAGUGAAGGAGGUCAUAGAGAAAGGGGUGCCCUUAGAAAAAUGGCCGCUGUCACCAGUGAAGAAGACAACAGCAGCCAAAAAGCCGAGUAUCCUGGAUAUAUACUUUCCUGAUGAUGAAGAUGAUGAUGAGUACUCCCCAGAUAAAGAUGCUGAGGCUCAGCAUGAAAGUGACGACGAUAUGGAGAGUAUGAUAUCUUCCCAUGCAAGUGAUCUGGGAUCCCCCAUGCCCCCCACCCCUUCCACCCCCACAGUGAGGACCCCCCUGCAGGUCAACACCCCACAGACAAGGGACUCCGAGACAUUCCGGAGUCCUAUGGCUUGUACGUCAGGUGUGAGUUUACAACGUACAUCGGCACUUGGGCAGCAUUUCAAGAACUCCAUGGCAGCCCUGGAAGACACUUCAACACAGGAGAGUACACAUUCAGACAUAAUAGCUCGCAGAACAAGAUCCAAACUGCCCCUGACCGACACGUCCCUGACGGCCAUAGAGGAAGCAUUUGUUGCGCCGGACAUCACCCCAGAUAUGUACGACACGGAAUGUGACGACUCCGAGUGGCAGGAGUUCCUUCGCUCCCUCGUCAAACCAGACUCGGAACCUGUUGAUCAGCCAGUUGAUGAUGAGGCAAAUGAUCCUGAAUUCAAUUUCUUGGAGGAAGCCGAAAAAAUUGUUGAAGUGGAUGAAGAUUUCAGAUUUGACCGACCUUUUAGGGUUUCAAAGAAGGAACUGAACCAACUGAUCGAUGAACUGGACGAACUGUUCCCCGAACAGGAGGAAGAGGAUAAGUCUAUGUACCUGGAGGAACCACUGCCACAAAGGACGAUCGUCAAGGCCAAAAAGUCUCCUAUUAAGGCUUCCCUGACCAGUGUUCAUCGGGCAGAACUGGAGGAGAAUGCUCUGAUCAUCACUGCAGAGGAGAAACUGCUCAUCGAGGAACAAAUGCGAAAGCAUGUCCAACUGACAACACAGCUCUUCUUCCUGUGUAAGGGGAGCGAGGACUUCGAGCCCCUGACCAGCACGUGCAGACAGCUACUGAGGGAACUGGAUAUCUUCCGAUGUGUGUCGAUGGCGCGUGACCUGUCGUCCUACAACGUGUGUAACCUGCAGCUGGCUAUAGACGUGGUUGGUGAAGAUAACUCAUGGAACCUCAGCCAGGAGAAUGAAGAUGCUUCCUCCUACUCCGUCGAAGACACCAACAGCAACACAACAGACUCCGACUACGAUUCAGUGGAUGGUGGAAAGAAGAUUGCCAGAAAGAAAGGCAGCACAUCUACAAAGCACCCGUUACUGCCGUCUCAGGUUGAGGUGUUCUGGUCCAGUCCGGUGUUCCUCUACCCACAGUUGCUGCCGUGUCGACGGUUAUUGACACAGGAGGAAGCCAGAGACAGCCGCCUUACUUUCACUACCGGGGAGGACAACUUGAUAGCCCUGGGUCUCGAGCAGUUCCAGCAUCUGAAGAACCCUCGCAGUCUCCUUCAAAAGUACCUGCUACCAGCCAAAACCAUCAAGCAGAUCAACCUCAGAAUCAAGAAUAUGUCCAGCCAGAGGUCUCCAGACAAUCCAAUCAAGUAUUUCCGGCAAAAUAAAAACAUGAUGGCAAAGAUGCUGGUUGUGGAAGCCUUCUCCCCAGACCAAAUGGUGGCUUUACAAGACCAGGAUGACAGUGUUCUACCUAUCUGGGCCAAGAAAAAACGGGCCAAAGAGACAGCACUUGCUGUCAAGGAGAAGAAGAAGCAAGAGAAGAAGAGCAGUGAGAGGAAGAGAUCGUCAAGUCUGAGUACUCCAUUGGACUUAGCGGACAUAAACAAUCAACUCGAGGUGGAUGUCACAUGGUCUCCCAGCAAGAAGCACCGCUCAGCACCAGUUUCACCCGCUGAUAAUGAGGACGGAGACAGUGGUGCAAAGAGACGCUGUGUAGAAGACACUUACCCUCAUCUGACGUAUAACUUCCCACCAAAGACGCCAGUUGGCAAACCUAUCAUCACACCAGAGGGCAUCUUCAUCCCCUUCAAGGUAGUGCCCCAAGGUACCUCAGUAUCAACACCAUCGACACCAUCCUCAACAUUUCCUAACCCACAACUAUCUCUCCCUACAAGUAUUUCUACCGAUUUUAAUUCCCUGCGUGGGUCCAUUCGAGUGAUUCCUGGUACCAAACCAGGGGAAUCCCCUCAGAUUUUAUCGUCUCUGAUAGCGAUUCCUGGGAAGCCAGUUCAGCUCUUCUGUGGCCCGGACACAGGGACCUCUGCUGUUGAGGGCUCAGAAGGACAAGACAGAGGUCACUACCAAGAACAGACCUCUGAUCUCAAAAAGACAUCUGUGUCAAACCAGGGUCGAGCAGUUGAUGUGACGGAGUCUGUUGAGGUGGUGAGUGGGGAUGUUUGUGAACAGACUGAGGUGUAUGAAUCUGGAAGUCCUUCAUUAACAUCUGCUGCACGUGAAAGUGUUUUGGUUGAUGAAGAGAUGUCCUUUGAAUGUAACACUGAUGCUGUGGAUACAGUGAAGACACAGUCGGUUGAGGGGGCUGAUCAUUGUCAAGUAGAGACUAGCAGCAGGGCUUGUGGUGUUAGCAAAGGACACACAGCUGAUGGCACAAGAAAAAUGGCUUCUGAAAUGAGCCAUUUGAACUUGUUGAACAUUAAUAAAGACAGAAGCCAGACGUGUCCGACAGUUAUGGAGUUUGAUGAUACUGAUAAUCCUCUGGUAAAAUGUCCGACAGGUACGGAGUCUGACAUGACUAACAAUCCCCAUGUAACAUCUGCAGCAGCUAUGGAGUCGGGUGUUGCUGAAAAUUGUGGUGUAACAUGUCCCACAGUUGUGGAGAUGGAUGUGGAUGAUAAUGCUCAAGUAACUCUGAGAAACCUUCCAGAAGAUCCAGGGUUAAGUUCAGGCCAUGAUAACACUGUGGUCUCCGACAAUAAUCAAAAUAAUGGUGUAGUGCAGCCAAGCUUGUCAGGAACAGCAGUUGAUGAAGCUGAACAUGGCGCCCAGCAGCUCCAGUCUGAUAAUGCUACAGAUCACACACAAGAUGUUUCAGACUCGUUUGAUGCCUUGGCAGAGGGUACUCUUGUUGAAGCAUCCUUAUCGAAUGACAUAUCACACCAAGCUAGUCAAGCUGUGGCCACAAGCAUGAAGGAAUCACAGAGGGAAAGUGUUGUGAACUUGAGUUUGGAGGUUGCUGCUAGUGCAGUGAUAUCUGAGAAGCAGAAUGAAGCAGACGUCAAUACUUCAAUAGCUUCUGCUGUGAUUUUGGACAGUACUCAACCUCAGCUUAGUGAAGGAGAUAUCUGUGAAGUGAGAGUUGCAGACGUCAAGGAAGUGAGUGGUGCAGACGUCAAGGAAGUGACUGUUUCAGAUGUCAAUGAAGUGACUGUUGCAGACGUCAAGGAAGUCAGUGUUGCAGACGUCAAUGAAGUGAGUGUUGCAGACGUCAAUGAAGUGAGUGUUGCAGAUGUCAAGGAAGUGACUGUUGCAGACGUCAAGGAAGUCAGUGUUGCAGACGUCAAUGAAGUCGGUGUUGCAGACGUCAAUGAAGUGAGUGUUGCAGACGUCGAAGAAGUGAUUGGUGCAGACGUCAAUGAAGUGAGUGUUGCAGACGUCAAUGAAGUGAGUGUUGCAGACGUCGAAGAAGUGAUUGGUGCAGACGUCAAUGAAGUGAGUGUUGCAGACGUCAAUGAAGUGAGUGUUGCAGACGUCGAGGAAGUGAUUGGUGCAGACGUCAAUGAAGUGAGUGUUGCAGACGUCGAGGAAGUGAGUGGUGUAGACGUCAAGGAAGUGAGUGGUGCAGACGUCAAGGAAGUGAGUGUUGCAGACGUCAAGGAAGUGAGUGGUGCAGACGUCAAGGAAGUGAGUGGUGCAGACGUCAAGGAAGUGAGUGGUGUAGACGUCAAGGAAGUGAGUGUUGCAGACGUCAAGGAAGUGAGUGUUGCAGACGUCGAGGAAGUCAGUGGUGCAGACGUCAAGGAAGUGAGUGUUGCAGACGUCGAGGAAGUGAGUGGUGCAGACGUCAAGGAAGUGAGUGUUGCAGACGUCAAGGAAGUGAGUGUUGCAGAUGUCAAGGAAGUCAGUGUUGGACAAGUCCAGGAAGUCGGUGUUGCAGAUGCUCCAGCUCAUUCAGGUGAGGACAGGGCACCUGUAGUAUUAAGUGCUGUCAGUAUUCAUGGGGUUGUGCCAGACCAGGUGUUUGAGAUCACAUCAGGUUCCGAGAAAAUGGACCAAUCCAUCAGCAGCUCUGAUCAAACUUCAGUUGGUUACAAAGAUUCUAAGGAGCCUGUAACAACUAGUUCAGAAGAGCUUGAAACAAGCUCAGAACAGAAACAAGAAGUUGUUAUGGGCAUGUCUGGAGAUGCAAGUAACCAUGGCAACACUCCCAAAGCAUCUGGUCCAGCUGCAGAUGAGCUCUCACCUGAAGGUCCCCCCUCCUUCUCCAGUACGCCCAAUGUGACCCCAUUAGAGAUCAUUGCAGCCUUCUGCCCCUACUACUCUCCUGCAUCUACCUCCAAGACUGCUCAACAGAGUCGCUUAGAAAGGACUCCACCAAAGAGGCAGUCUGAAAUAGGCUUCCGUGAACUGAAACCAAAACCGCUGUGUAAGCUGAAUGAGCCUGAGGGUGACCUGCCCAUGCCAGUUUCUCCUUUCCUCCCAAAGAUAGUCUCAAAAAGUCCCAAGAAUAAGAGAGUUGUGGUGGGAAACAGGACAAUUCUACCGAAAGCAUUUGUGUUGGAUACCAAAGAAUCACCGACAAAGAGGGCAGCUAGGAGCUUACGGAAACGAGCUCAGAUGAUUUGUCAGAGAACUAGCCCCUGUAAACUUCUCCCUCAGACUGACCUGCAGAGGAUUCAGAGAUUGCAGCUUUGCCCUCUCAGCAAAUCUUUAUCAAAUAUCGGGCGGUCAAAACGAAAGCAGGCGACUCCAGUGCGUAAGCUGCUGCAUAACUCUCUGAAACGUUCCAACAGUGAGAGUGAUGAUUUAUCCGAAACAGACGAAGGCAGACGAUCAGAGGAUAGUCCUAGACUGAGGAUAGGCCCUAAACGGAAAAUGUCUGAUGUUGACGGGAAGCAGGAAGAGAGUGAUGGUGGUCAGAGCGAGAUGGAGGAUGCAGUGUUGUCACAGGAAGACAGCCAGAAUGAGGAUGAGGCGGAGGACGGACAGACGGCAGAUAAGAACCAUCUUGAUAUGCUGAUGACCGCUAGCACUACACUCAGGUUUGACCACAAGAAAAACCGAGAGAGGAGCAAGAGCAAGAAGAAGAAGGAACAAACGCUGGCCAUGUUGGCGCCAGAUCUCUUGGAGAUGGAUCCAAGGAAAGACGAGAAGGACACGGCGUUCGCCCAGGCGUACCUGGACAGGGUUCGUGAUGGUCUGAGUGGGAACCUGCAGGUGUACGAGGAGUUCCUCACACUGAUGUACAACGUAGGGAAGGAUGGACUCUCAGCUAUCGAGGUGUACAAGAGGCUGAGCCAGCUGUUGAAGGACUUCCCCGAGCUGCUGGGGGACUUCGCGGGGUUCCUCCUCCCGGAACAGGCCCUGAUGUGUGGCUGCUUCAUGCAGAACCAGGAGGUCACCAAGGCCAGGACACUCCUCAGGAAGCUGGAGGUGAACUACGAGCAGCAGCCGCAUCACUUCCAGCGAGUUCUCAAGACUCUGUCCCAGUGGUACCAGAACCCCAAGCGAUCUCCCGACGAUCUGCGAGACCUCAUUAAGCCCCUCAUUCGAGGAAUGCCUCAUCUUCAGGAGGAGUUCUCCGUGUUCUUCCCCGAAGACAAGCCACCAGACAGCUACAUGGACAGCUUUGAGAUGGUGACCCUUGGUGAUAGUGACUUGGAUGAGGAUGCGAGUGUGGACAGUUUCGAAGACGUCGUCAUGCCAAGUGAGGUGGACCCGUACCGCACCAAUUGCUGUCCGUGUGACUGUCACGACGAUCCCAAUGACAUAAAGCUGCACAAACGCAUCAGACAUUGCUUCAACUGUUGUCUCAAGGUGAUUGAUGGGAAGCUAUACUUCCAACCUAGCAGCAAGAAGCUGCACCCAGCUGAAGUGGUCGUCCACAAGGCUAUGCCCCCCUCUCCCCAUACCAGCACCUCCCUGGAGCUGGAGGAAGACCAGACCGCAGACAAGGAGAACCACAACUGUCUCAGCAGUCGGCCAACCAUUGUGUCCCCAUCAGUCAGUCACUCCUCGCCGGCCAGGGCAAAGAAGAUCAAAUUGAAGAUCUGUCGUCAGAAGGCUGGCCAGAAGAGGUUUCUGUCCCUCAAUGAGAUAGGAUACUCCCCGGUGAAACAGGAGCCGGUGAAACAGGAGCCGGUGACAAGCUGCGACUCAGAUGUUGCCGCUGAGGUGGCAGGAAGUGCUCAUUCUGACACAGGUGUCAUGACAAGAACAAGGAAGUUCCGUGAAAAGACUUCCGCCACACGGACAUCCGAAUAUGUUGUCACUGUGCCCGAUGACCUCAUCGUCAACCCUCCAGUGAUCAUGCAGGACCAGAUACUGCAGGAUCAGAAUGGCGACUCCCCAACUCCUGUGACAUCCUGUCCAGUCAUGUUCACCUCCUUUAGUCCUGUGUUCACCUCUAGUGCUACAGUUACAGCUGUGUGUCCCAGUAUUCUGACCCUGGUCCCCCCCUCUGUCACCACCCCCUCAACACAGGUCCCAGGGUCCGACAGACUCAUUGAGAUUGCACCACCCAAUACAAUCAAGCCAGCAGGGCAAACAGGUGGAUUUGUAAAGCUGUCUCCAUCAAAGGGUCCCUCUAGUCCUAAUGUCACACAGAUCUCUAUUGGGGUGACUCAGACUUCUGGGAGAUCCAGUGGAGCUGUGAAAAGUGCAACGACAUUAACCAUAGGUUCCUCAAUCUCAGCACUGUCUGGGUCAUCUGUUCCUUCAGUAAAGGAGAGUAAGAUUCCUAGGGAAGCAGCAUCAUUACCAAGUUUUGAGGCAGGAAGGUCCAAGGGAGCUGUGAGUUUCCCUAAUCUGAUGCCAGUCGGCGUAUCUCAUGCAGAUGCCAUCACACUGAACAGUGGCAAACAGAUGCCAACGCCGACAGCUUCUGCAGCCAACACAUCGUCCUGCACGGCAACAUCAGCACAAGUCCAAGCCUCUGACGGUGGCAGCGUGUCUGGAACAGGCUUCGGAAUGUCCAUCCUGGAAAUGUUUGAUGGCCAAUCUAUGCAAGGGGAUGCUUCACAGAGUUGUAUGUCAGACAUUCUUGCCAAGGCAAUGAAAACAGCAGAGAUAAGUAGAAGUGAUGCAGAAAUAUCAAUGUCCAUGGACUUCAUGAACAACUUCUUGGCUGGCAAUUUCAAAACAUUUGGAUCAAGAAAUAAUUCCCCUGUGAAAAAUAUGCCUGUUUCAAGCGAAGUGACCCAACAGAGUGUUAUAUCGUUGAAGGAACAUUUAGUCAAAGCUGGCAUCAUCCACAAGCCAGAUGAUCUACAAGGUGGUUCAAGUACUCACCAGAAUAAUAAUAUUGGAGGACAGUCAGGUGGAUUUGGAAACUCUGUUGUAACGACUGUUGACGGAAUACCAGUGACACUAAUACAGUCUCCCAGUACAGAACGCAGUGGCAUAAGGGCACAAUCCUUUCCACUGGGAAUGGACCGUAGUGAGGGUGAACUACAGACUCUUGGCGUGUCUGGUGCAUCUUCUCUAAGUUAUCCGGUGGUGAAUAACCCCACUGUGGGUGAAUCGGUCCUUCCACCGAGCCAGGCAGCAGUCUCCAGAGAAACAAGUGCUGUUGUGAAGAGCGAAUACGUUUGGGGGGCACAUGAACCCCAGGCUUUGACUGAGGGGAGAGACAAUGAUGUCCCACAGCUUGGACCAGUGGGCAGUGCAGUGUCAUCAACACCUCAGACAGGUCCUGUUACAGAUGAACCGAUGGAGUGGGAGGAGGAAGAGGAGACCGAGGUGGAUUGGACAAAGGACAUGGACAAAGUUUGCCUGGAGAUGUGUAAGAAGAAUGGUCCAGGCGAUGAAACCUUUGCACAAGUUGCAGAGAAACUCAAAGUUGUCACCCCUAAUGAGGUUGCAGCGAGAUUUGAGGAGCUGAUGAUGCUUUUAUCAGGACUGGAGAGUCAGGAUGAUAGCGAGAAUGAUGACUGAGAGAGGACUGGAGAGUCAGGAUGAUAGCGAGAAUGAUGACUGAGAGAGGACUGGAGAGUCAGGAUGAUAGCGAGAAUGAGGACUGAGAGAGGACUGGAGAGUCAGGAUGAUAGCAAGAAGGAUGACUGAGAGAGGUCAGGAGAGUCAGGAUGAUAGUGAGCAAAACUGACUGAUAAUUUGAUCAUGAUGAUUGAUGACUUGUAUUGAACAAGUACCGAUGAAGUUUGUAGAAAUUCUAAUCUUGUGUCUACACGUAGACAAAUACAGGACACUAGGUCAUCCUGUACACUGUACAGUUAAUGGGAACUCUCAAGGAGGAACCUUGGUGUAAGAUGUUAGUGUACAGCAAUGACUGGACUGUUCAGGACUCCUGGAGAUUGUUUAUCAUGUGUCUCUGUCUGUCUGCAACAUUAAGCAAAGUGUCAUGUUUUUUCUCUUGCUGGCAUUGCUUUUGAAGAGUUCACCAAGUUCAACAUUUUCUGGAAUAAAAGUACUGCUAUGUUUGAAAACAUGUAGAAAAAAAUUAUGUUUCUUUGCUUUAAUCAUGUUAAUAUGGCACCGAUACAUAUUUCUUUAAAUCUGAUAAUGUGAAUACUCCUGAGGAUGGGAAAACUUGUUGAAGUAGGUGUGUGAACGAUGAUGGAGCAGAUGCACUCUGGCUGUUCAUGUUGCAGUACUCCGCCUCCCGCUGUCCCUCAUGUGUACAGUAUGUACAUAACAUUGUAUAGAAUAACUUUAUGGCAUUGCAAGAUGGAGUUGUCAAUAAACACUCAUUUCCCCAUA